AUAUCAAUAUGAUACGAGGAUUUGAAUUACUUAAACAAGCUGCCGAGAUGGGAGUACCUAAUUCACCAUAUGAACUUGCUCGGUGUUAUGAGUAUGCGGAAGGAACUGAAAAAGACUUGAAUGCUGCUUUAGAGUGGUAUCAAAAAGCUUUAGAUAAUGGGCAAAAAUGUCAUGACGACCGAGAGCGUGUCAUG